AUGAAUGAAAGAACCAAGUCUCCUUACACAGUUGUUGCACAUGAUGUUUCGACUAAGGCCACCAUACACACGGGCCCAGAAGAAGAGAAAAGUAAACUUGAGGCACUUGAAGACAGGCUGAAAGCCAUAGAAGGGAUUGAAAGUUACGGGUUUGGUGACGUGGCAAGGUUGAGUCUGGCCCCAGGAGUGACGAUUCCGCACAAGUUCAAGGUGCCGGAAUUUGAAAAGUACAAGGGUAACACAUGCCCUAAGAAUCAUUUAACCAUGUAUUGUCGAAAAAUGGCUGCUUAUGCUCAUGAUGAUAAAUUACUCAUUCAUUUCUUCCAAGAUAGUUUGGCUGAUGCGGCAUUGAGUUGGUACACGCAUCUGGAAUCCUCCCAUAUUCGUUCUUGGGCAGAUUUGGCGGAUGCCUUUGUAAGGCAGUACAAAUACAACAUGCAUGUCGCGCCAGACAGGUUACAAUUACACCACAAGUCGAAGAAAGAGGAAAAGUCUUUUAAGGAAUUUGCACAACGAUGGAGAGAGUUGGCAGUGCAGGUUGAGCCACCUCUAUAUGACAAGGAGAUGGUUGAAAUGUUUGUUAGCACAGUACAACCACCUUUUUAUGAGCAUAUGAUCGGAAAUGUGUCUUCCAAUUUUGCUGAUAUCAUUAUCAUAGGCAAAAGAAUCGAGAUUGGACUGAAAAGUGGGAAAAUUACGUCUCAAGCCACCAUUCCGAAGAAAUUUGUUUUUAACUCGGAAAAAGAGAAGGAAAGGGGAGUGCAUGCAACAUCAGCAAUACCCAUGUGGAGAGGUCAUGCGCCCACUCAUAACUAUCGACCAAUCCCGAGUUACCCUCCUUAUAACGUUGGUCAAAGUGCUCAUCCUAAGAGGAACCCAGAGAAAAAUUUCACUCUCAUUCCUAUGACAUAUACAGAACUAUUACCUCAUCUCCUUAAGAAGGGUCUGGCCGCUAUUCGCCCAAUGAAACCCUUACAACCUCCAUACCCUAAAAGUUUUGAUGCAAAUGCGAGGUGCGAUUUUCACGAGGGAGCCGUCGGCCACUCGACAGAAAUGUGCACAUCCCUUAAAUUCAAAGUACAAUCUUUAAUUGAUGCAGGAUGGUUGAAGUUCCAAGAGGACAAACCUAGUGUUGAGGUCAAUCCCCUUGCCGAGCAUGGAAGUACCUAA